GAUUCACCGACCACCUCUUCCUCGAAGCGUAUCCAGAACACACGCACCAAACGAUAGCAGGCGGAACAAGAAGGGUUGGUUUACGGACAGCAGAAAGCAACAGAAAGGCGAUUGCGGUUGAGGUUCCACUUCUACGUAUCCAAGAUGCCGUUUGCGCAGUUGGUAAUCGGCCCUCCCGGCGCCGGCAAAUCGACCUACUGCAACGGCAUGCAGCAGUUCAUGGGCGCCAUCGGACGGAAAUGCUCUAUCGUCAAUCUAGACCCGGCGAACGACAAGACCAGUUAUGAAGCGGCGAUCGAUGUGCGAGAUCUAGUCACGCUCGAAAGUAUCAUGCAAGAUGAGGAUGUGCGGCUGGGGCCCAAUGGCGGCGUGCUCUAUGCGCUGGAAGAACUCGAGGAGAAUUUCGAGUGGCUUGAAGAGCAGCUGGAAAAAUUGGGCGAGGAUUAUGUCCUGUUCGAUUGUCCGGGGCAGGUUGAAUUGUUUACGCAUCAUGAUUCUUUGCGACGGGUGUUUACGAAACUGGGGAAACUUGGGUAUCGGUUGGUGGUUGUCAACCUGAUCGACUCGUACGCUCUGACGCUGCCGUCUUUAUACAUUUCGACACUCCUCCUUUCGUUGCGGAGCAUGCUGCAACUCGACAUGACGCAUAUCAACGUCCUGACUAAGAUCGAUAACCUCUCCAAAUACCCUCCCUUACAAUUCAACCUGGAUUUCUACACCGAAGUGCAGGAUCUCUCGUACUUGAUACCAAGUCUCGAAGCGGAGUCGCCGAUGUUCGCACGUGGGAAAUUCUCGGCGCUGAACGAGGCGAUUGUCAACCUCGUUGAAGAGUAUGGGUUGGUUGGAUUCGAGACGCUCGCGGUAGAAGACAAGAAGAGUAUGAUGGCGCUUCUGAGGACGAUUGAUCGCGCGGGCGGAUAUGCUUUUGGUGGGGCGGAGGGGGCCAAUGAUUCGAUCUGGCAGGUCGCUGUUAGAGAGGGCGUUGGAAAGAUGGAUAUUCGGGAUGUGCAGGAGCGGUGGAUAGAUAACAGAGAGGAGUGGGAUGAUUUGGAGCAGAAACAGUGGGAGGAGGAGCAGAAGAGGCGGGAACAGGAGUACGAGGAGGGGAUGCAGAUGGAUGGAGAUGAUGCGCCGCCUCCACCACCACCGGAUAGUGGUGUCAAGGUCAGACGAAAGAAAGAGAAAACGGGGCCUGAACUUACAGAUGUUCCGGAGGUAGAUGGUUCGUGACCAUGAUGGCCGCCUGGGUCAGUCACAGAGGACUUGUACACCGUCAGGCGUCACAC